UUGACAGUAAAUGAUUUGCCAACUCAACCUCCGCUAACAGACCACUGACAGUAAAAAAUCACCUGAAUCAAAAAAUUUUUUCACCUUAAUUGUUUUAAAGAUUUUUAACUGAAAAUAAAAAUAACAAAAAAGCACGUGUUGAUUUUCCGUCGCAUUAUCCUCGUCAGUCUUCUUAUGUCGGGCAGGUUGACAAUUCACUUCCACUUUUUUUUACUUACUUGAUCAGACAGAGACUCCAAAACCUCUGAAAUAAACUACUACUACUCAGGAAAAAAAAAAAGAUUUUAUUGGUCGCCGGAAAAUCUAGUUUCCGGUGAUAGUGACAGCGAAAACUUCACCAGACUGGCUGCCGGCGGGCUGGACCCUACAGUUCAAAUUCCAAAAGACAGGCCGUAGAAUCACGGUUAUUUAACUAUAUAAUCGAAUUUGUACUUUUAUUAUUUCAAUUUAGGGUUUUUUAGGUUCUAUUUUUGUCUCUAAUUUAAUUGUUUACUUAAAAAAGCUAGCUGUUUUUGAAUAAUUUUAGUGAAGUAAGGCAGAUAUGAACUGUUGAAGUUUGAGGUUAAGAUUAUGGAGCUUUUAUUAGUUGAUGAUCGGUUGUUUUUAGUUGCAUGUGAAAGAAAUGCAGUCAAAUGAUAUAUCUUGAUAUGUGCAUGUGGAAUUCGGGGGUUAGUGGAAGAAAUGCGGGUUGCCUGUGGAUGGAUUAUAAGUUUUGAAAGCUGAAGGAUUGAGGUUGCUUCUGUUCAUAUAGCAUUUUAGUGAUGCAUUGCAUGAAAAUGGGAGUUUAUUGAAUUGUUGACAGUAACUUUUGCGUAAGGACGGAUGGAUUUUGUUCUGCAUGGGGAAUUUUUUAAGGCAUUGGACUGAUUUUCUUUUCGUUUUUUCGUGACAAAAAGUUAAGGAAAAUGAAAAUAGGAAACAAUGUAGGUGAUUUGUGGCGCUGAAACAUUGAUUUUUUAGGGUAAGGCUUAAAUAGUUGAUGAUAAGGUGUCAAGAUUUCUCCCUGUUUCUUGUCUUCUUGGCAAAAUAAUUGAGCAAUGCAAAUCAUUGAUGAAUGCCACUUCUUAAAUAAAACAAAUGGUAAUAUGUAGAAAUAAGCUGUCUAUUUACCCAAAUCUGAUAACAUGCUUUUGUUACUAUAAUUAUUGUUUCCUAUUGCAGCAUUAUGUAAACUUGGCAACCAGUCAAAAUGCUUUACCAAGGAUGACCUUGUUUGCUAUACUAAAACAGGAAUCACUCAAUGUGAUGACCAGCAGCCAACUUUAAAGCAAAUUAAAAUGCCAUCAGCAAAUGGUCACAUUGAGUUUAGAUAAUGUAUUAAUUAAUUAACUGCCCUUUGUUUUCCUCCUGUUUUAUUCUUUUAUUCAAUCAUCAUGCAGACUGCAGCAACAGCAAAUGAACAUCCUGACUGGUUGCUAAAGAAUUGUUUCAUGGAGGUGAAAGUCCAUAAGAGUGGUAAAAAAGUUGGAAAAUCCUACAAGAUAUAUGUUGAUCCAUCAACCGGACGCAGAUUCUAUUCCAAGCCAGAGGUGUUUGGAUUUAUUAAAAAUGUAGAGCUGAAAAGCAGCAAAUCUAUACCAAAGAAUAAAGCCUCGCACUCUACAAGCAAAGUUGCUGUAAAGGCAAAUGAACAUCCUGAAUGGUUACCUAAGAAUUGGUUCAUGGAGGUGAAAGCCCAUAAGAGUGGUGCAAAAAUUGGGAAAUACUAUAAGAUAUAUGUUGAUCCAUCAACUGGAUUUAGAUUCCAUUCCAAGCCAGAGGUGUUCCGAUUUCUUAAUCAUGCAGAGCAGAAAAGUAGCAAAUCUAAGCAAAAGAAAAGAGCCUCGUGCUCUACAAGCAAACUUGGUUCUUAAAAAAUCUUUUGCUACCAUUUUGGUGUUGUUGUUUCUAUCUGUCUAUUUAUUUGUUUUUAGAGAGAGAGAGAGAUUGGUUGCAUUUUAGUGCAUACAUUAAAGUGCUUCAUUAAAAUACACAUAAGUGGCAUUUUGGGAUAUCAUUUAUGAGAUACAGAAAUUUAUUCCAUUGCUACAGCUACUGAAUGAGAUAUGCUGUUGUGGUUUUUGUAAAUCUAGGUUUUG